UCUUUUUCGUGGGAUCUGUGAACCCUGAGUAGCUCUCAAAAUCAACUCUUGAUGUUAUUUUCUUUGGUUGAAGAUUCUUGAAACACUAAAAUAAAUCUGGUUUAGUUAGAGGUGAGUAGUAGUAUAAAUGGACAUAAGCAACGAGGCGAGUGUGGAGCAAUUUUCAAUCGGACCAUCAACGUUCCUCGGGCGCACAAUCGCCUUCCGCAUCCUCUUCUGCAAGUCCCUCUCCCUCCUCCGCCACCAAAUCCUUGUAUCCCUCUCCCUCCACUUGUCCAAACUCAAAAACAGCCUAAAAUCCCACCUCGCAUGGCUCCACCCAAGAAACCCCCAAGGCAUCCUCGUCAUCGUCACCGCCAUGGCAUUCCUCCUCAAACGCUUCACCAACGUGAGGGCCAAAGCCGAGAUGGCAUACAAGCGCAAGUUCUGGAGCAACAUGACCCGCUCCGCCCUCACCUACGACGAGUGGGCCCACGCCGCCAAGAUGCUCGAGCGCGACAACCCCCGCCCCCACGACGCCGACCUCUACGACGAGGAGCUCGUCCUCAGCAAGCUCCACGAGCUGCGGCACCGCCGCCGCGACUGCUCCAUCCGCGACAUCAUGUUCUACAUGAGGGCCGACCUCAUCCGCAACCUCGGCAACAUGUGCAACCCCGACCUCCACAAGGGCCGCCUCCACGUCCCCCGCAUCAUCCACGACUACAUCGACGAGGUCACCACCCAGCUCAGAAUGGUCUGCGACUCCGACUCCGAGGACCUCCUCCUCGACGAGAAGCUCGCCUUCAUGCACGAGACCCGCCACGCCUUCGGCCGCACCGCCCUCCUCCUCAGCGGCGGCGCCUCCCUCGGCGCCUUCCACGUUGGAGUCGUCAAGACUCUGGUGGAGCACAAGCUGCUCCCCAGAAUCAUCGCCGGCUCCAGCGUGGGGUCCGCCAUGUGCUCUGUGCUGGCCACCAGGUCGUGGCCAGAACUGCAGAGCUUCUUCGAGGACUCGUGGCACUCGAUCCAGUUCUUCGACCAGAUCGGAGGGAUCUUCACCGUCUUCAAGCGGAUCAUGACGCACGGCGCGGUUCACGAUAUCAGGCAGCUGCAGAUGAUGCUGAGGCACCUCACCAACAACCUCACCUUUCAGGAGGCCUACGACAUGACGGGGAGGAUCCUCGGGAUCACCGUGUGCUCGCCCAGGCGCCACGAGCCGCCUCGGUGCCUCAACUACCUCACUUCGCCUCACGUGGUCAUAUGGAGCGCGGUGACCGCGUCCUGUGCGUUUCCGGGGCUGUUUGAGGCGCAGGAGCUCAUGGCCAAGGACAGGGGCGGGAAUAUAGUGCCGUACCACCCGCCGUUUCACUUGGAUCCGGAUAAGGGGGUUGCGCCGCGGCGGUGGAGGGAUGGGAGCUUGGAGAUUGACCUUCCGAUCAAGCAGUUGAAGGAGCUUUUUAAUGUGAACCAUUAUAUUGUGAGCCAGGCCAAUCCGCACAUUGCGCCUUUGCUCAGGUUGAAGGAGAUGGUCAGGGGCUUUGGUGGCAGCUUCGGUGCUAAGAUUGCUCAGCUGGCUGAGAUGGAGGUGAAGCAUAGAUGUAACCAGAUAUUGGAGCUUGGAUUUCCUCUUGGAGGAGUGGCAAAGCUCUUUGCUCAGGAUUGGGAGGGUGAUAUCACUGUUGUCAUGCCUGCUACUCUGGCUCAGAUAUCAAAGGUGAUACAGAAUCCCUCAUAUGUGGAGCUUCAGAAGUCAGCAAACCAGGGGAGGAGAUGCACUUGGGAGAAGCUCUCAGCCAUGCGGGCCAACUGCGGGAUCGAGCUCGCCCUCGACGAGUGCGUCGCGGUGCUCAACCACAUGCGCCGCCUCAAGAGGAGCGCGGAGAGAGCGGCCGCAGCUGUCGCCUCUCCGCGCCUAGCCAGGUUCAGUGCCUCCAAGAGGAUCCCCUCAUGGAAUGUGAUUGCCAGAGAGAACUCAACAGGGUCGCUGGAGGAAGACCUCAUGGCGGACCACGCAACCAGAAACUGGCACACGCUCCGCUGCAGCCACGACGGCAGCGACAGCGAGUCCGAUAGCUCAGACCUCGUCCAGUCGUGGACGAGGUCUGGCGGCCCCCUCAUGAGGACGACCUCCGCGGACAAGUUCGUGGAUUACGUGCAGAGUUUGGAGGUGAAUUCAAGAACCAACCCGACUUCGGAUGAUGAGAGAGUUCCCCCCAGCGCCAGCGCCAUUGUGGUGGCGGAGGGGGAUCUUCUGCAGCCGGAGAGGGUCGACAAUGGAAGCAUCGUGUUCAACGUCGUGAAGAGGUCGGCGGUGACGUUGUCGCCUCCGACACGGAGUUUGGAUUCCGAGCACAAUAGCGCUUCUCCUCAAGAGUCGCCGGUUGCUGAGUUGUUGCAACAUGAUGAGAUGGAUGAAGGUAGUUCAAUCUCCGGCGACGACGACUGCAUUGACGGAGAAAAUGUACUCUGACCGGCCUCCGGGCUCCGCUUGAUCGGCAUGCGAGAGAUGGUUGAGGACUAGAAGAUAAUUUGUCACAAAUUAAAUGAAUUUGAUUUGGAUA